UAUCAAGCCCGGCCCCUCUAUUUUUACUCAUUUCCUCUUCACAACGAUAAGUUCAGUCCAUUCGUUUUCCGUUUUCCAAUCAAACCCAUAAUUUUGAAACCACUGAUUUUGUGUUUUCAACCAAACCCGUAAUUUCAAUUUCGGCUUUUGGGCUUUUAAUCGGUAUGAAGUUUGGCAAGAGUUUGAGCAAUCAAAUUGAUGAGACGUUGCCCGAGUGGAGGGAUAAGUUCUUGUCGUACAAGGGGCUGAAAAAGAAGCUCAAGCUGAUCGAGCCGAAGAGGCCGUCGUCUUCGGCUGGGGAAGAGGUGAGGGCCAAGAAGAAGCAGAAACUGGACAGUGAAUUAGCCGACGGAAGGGAGGCUAUGACUGAGGCGGAGGCAAAUUUUGUCAAGUUAUUGGAGGAUGAACUUGAGAAAUUCAACGCUUUCUUUGUUGAGAAAGAAGAAGAGUGUAUCAUCAGAUUAAAGGAAUUGCAAGAUCGGGUGGCUAAGGCCGAUAAGAAUGAUGAGAUGAUUAAAAUACGGAAAGAAAUUGUCGACUUACAUGGGGAGAUGGUUUUGCUGGAGAAUUACAGUGCUCUUAAUUAUACAGGACUGGCUAAAAUAUUGAAGAAGUAUGACAAAAGAACUGGUGCUCUUCUUCGCCUGCCCUUUAUACAGAAGGUUGUUCAACAGCCAUUUUUUACCACCGACUUGCUGUACAAGCUUGUGAAGGAGUGUGAGAGGAUGCUUGACUGCCUGUUCCCAGUGAACAAACCCCCACCUGAAAAUGAUGCAGCUGAUGGAGAAGAACCCUCGACCAGUUCCACAGCCAACAAUGAAGUUCUGCUCAAAGGUCCAAAUGAACUUGCUGAGAUCAAGUUCAUGGAGGGCCUGUAUAUGAAAAGUACCAUAUCUGCAUUACGAGUUUUGAAAGAGAUUCGUAGUGGAAGCUCAACUGUUAGUGUGUUUUCAUUGCCACCAUUGCAGCUUGUUGGAUUAGAGGAUGCUUGGAAUAAAGUCCCUGCCGUAGAACAAGUUGCUAAAUAGUCGAAUUAUAUGGAGGAGGAUAAUAGGCCUUUUAUUGUCACCGUGUAAUUGAAUUUUGAUCACUUUCGGUUUCUCUUUUCGUGCAUUUGCUAUGCAUGUAUUCUAUCCUAACACAUGUAAAAUGCAUAUAUGAUGAUAAGUUCUUAUAAUUGUGUGUAAAAUUCUGGAUCAAAUGUCAACUUUCCGGGUGAUGAUGUAUAAAUAUCAACUUUCUAAUUCAAGA